AAGGCAAGUCCCUCCGCCACAAUGAGCUCUGAAUACGAAGAAAUUGAUGUUGCAAAAACUGUUGUCAAUGGUCUGAGCAGCAAUGGACAAGAAAAAGAAACGGAUCCCACUAAAGUCUGCAGCGGAAAAGGAGCUGUGACCCUCCGGGCAUCUCCAGCCUACGAAGAGAAUCAGAAUAUCACUUCGCCAUGUCCUCAGGUUGUUGAGCAACCUGAAAAUGAUUGGAGGUCGUCAUCUAACACUGAUGCCAAUGGGGAUGCCCAGCCAUCUUCUCUGGCUGCCAAGGGUUAUAGGAGUGUGCGUCCGAACCUUUCCUCAGACAACAAGCCACAGGAUGCCACUGCCACCACCACAGCUCAGCCUGGGGUUAUAGUAGUCCCCCUCCUUCAGGUUAAUCCAGACAGACAGCAAGAAGGCAGCUCCAGCACUCCACCACCGCCUCUGGUUCCUUUCGGGCAAGGCUCCGUAUUCCCUGAGACUGUUUCUCCUGGCUCACCCUUGACUUUUCCGACUCUAGAUGAUUUCAUUCCCCCACAUCUCCAGAGGGGUUCCCACCAUAACCAAGCACCCUCUGCAUCUGGCACAUUACCCUCUGUUUACCCGAAACUGCCAUUCUUCUCAUCACCACCUUCACUUGUCCCUCCAGUCACGGGGGCUUUGCACAGGGGCUUGAAGCCUGAAAUCACUGGAGUCAUCUCACAUACAGACCCAGGUCCUGUGCUAAACGAAGUGCCCCAGCCUGGCACUGGCACUGACUAUCCAACCUCCUUCACUUCAAUCAACAAGUCUUCCUCUGCCUAUCCCUCUACCACAAUCGUCAAUCCCACUAUUGUCCUCUUGCAGCACAAUCGAGAACAGCAAAAAAGGCUUAGUAGCCUGGCAGAUUCAGUGCCAGACAGACUAGUUUCUGAUAAAGUUGAUUCAGCACUCGUACGGGACAAGCCGGUUCAGGAGACAGUACCAAGUGAGAAGAAGGCAAUGGAGAAGAGAAGCAUUGUCAAGAGCCCUCAGCACAUGGCUGAUACUUCUGUCGAUGAUAUUGGCAUUCCACUGAGGAACACAGACAGAUCAAAGGACUGGUACAAGACGAUGUUCAAACAGAUCCACAAGCUAAAUAGAGAUGAAGAUUCUGAUUCAUACUCUCCUCGUUAUUCUUAUUCUGAGGACAGUAAAACCCAGCUUUCAGUUCCCCGCUCCAAGAGUGAGGCGGACAAUAUUGAUUCAGAGAAGGUCGUUAAGAGGUCUGCCACUUUGCCACUGCCAAACCGUACUUCAUCGCUGAAAUCAAGCCCAGAAAGGACUGACUGGGAGCCUCCAGACAAGAAGGUGGACACCAGAAAAUACCGUGCAGAGCCCAGGAGCAUUUAUGACUAUCAGCCAGGAAAGUCCUCAGUUCUGAACAAUGAAAAGAUGACUCGGGAAAUAAGCCCAGAAGAGAUAGAUUUAAAGAAUGAACCUUGGUAUAAAUUCUUUUCGGAAUUGGAGUUUGGGAAACCGCCUCCAAAAAAGAUUUGGGAUUAUACUCCUGGAGAUUGCUCUAUCCUUACUAGAGAGGAUAGAAAGACUGAUCUAGAAAAAGACCUCUACCUCUACCAGACUGAGUUAGAGGCAGAUUUAGAAAAAAUGGAGAAGCUUUAUAAAGCGCCACAUAAAAAGCCACAGAAGAACACAGCAGGUGUUACUCCUCUGGAAACUUCCACAGACCAUUCUUCCUACUCCACGUAUUCACCCAACUACCAUGCAGUGAAGAGGGAGUCAGAACCAGCACUGGGGGACCCUGCUGGCUUGGAGAAUGAAAGGCAGAUUUACAAGAGUGUGCUGGAAGGUGGAGAUAUCCCCUUCCAGGGGCUGAGUGGUCUCAAGCGACCUUCUAGCUCUGCUUCCACAAAAGAUUCAGAAUCACCAAGGCAUUUUGCACCAGUUGAUUACAUGGAAACUCCAGAAGAAAUUAUCCGCAGACGGCAUGACGAUAAAGAGAUGAGACCUGCUAGAGCCAAGUUUGACUUUAAAGCACAGACGCUAAAGGAACUUCCUCUGCAAAAAGGAGAUAUUGUUUACAUUUACAAGCAGAUUGACCAGAACUGGUAUGAAGGUGAACACCACGGCAGAGUUGGCAUCUUCCCACGAUCAUACAUAGAGCUCCUCCCACCAGCUGAGAAAGCUCAGCCCAAAAAGCCAUCACCAUUGCAAGUAUUGGAAUAUGGAGAUGCUAUUGCUAAGUUCAACUUCAAUGGGGAUACCCAAGUGGAAAUGUCCUUCAGAAAGGGUGAAAGGAUCACGUUGAUUCGACGAGUGGAUGAGAAUUGGUACGAAGGAAAAAUCUCUGGCACCAAUCGCCAAGGCAUCUUCCCUGUCACUUACGUGGAGGUGCUCAAACGGCCAGUGGUCAAGAAUGCCAUCGACUAUCCUGACCCACCAAUGUCCCUCUCCCCUAACCGCAGCAUGACAGCUUCACCACAGCAACCUCAAGCACAGCAGCAAGGAGCCAGCCCUGACAGAAGUCAAACACCACGAGACAUAGUUAGCUACCAAGCCCUCUACAGCUACACUCCUCAGAACGAUGAUGAGCUGGAACUGAGGGAUGGUGACAUUGUCGAUGUCAUGGAGAAAUGUGACGACGGCUGGUUUGUGGGUACGUCCAGGAGAACAAGGCAAUUCGGCACCUUCCCAGGCAACUACGUGAAGCUUCUGUACCUGUAA